AUGGCUGGGGGUGGUGACUUUGAUCAAGGUGCCAGGGACAGGCUUCGCCGCAUGUCUGUCGAGGCCCUGACGACGGCGCCGAGUAUCGCUGCCCUUACUUUGCCUUGGGAGACAGGACCGCUGGCGGCCAUUUUUGGGAAACCGGAAGUGCUGCCUAGGCCCGCGUUAGACAUCGAAGAUGUCAUUGACACUGCAUCUGUCCGGCCUUUGGGGCCUGAACCGUCGGAAACUGUCCCAGGUGAUAAGAAAGCUUUCACUGCAGCAUGGAACAAGGAUACAUUCAGACGUGAUCGCCUCCCUGAGCGAGAUCGGUUCAAUCUCGUGUACCAGGAGUGGCUUCAAGUGAUCCUUCCAUGGGCUGGCGAUAGAACUGUGCUCGGCUUCAUGGUGUCUGCUGCAGCCGACCAAACUGAGAAGCUUGCAGUUGUCACGCAAACCCUUGGCGGCAAGGCCUUGUCGACACUCGAGAAGCGGCUGAGGCAAGUGAAAGCAUUCCUGGCAUGGGCCCUACUUGCGAGUGUUACGCCAUUUCCUAUGACUGAGCAUGCAUGCCGAAUGUAUUUGAAGAAGCUGGUGGAAGAGAAGGCACCUGCCUCUCGCAUCAAAGGCGUGCUGGAGAUGGUGGGGUUCCUCAGACAUGUUGUUGGCCUACCCGUUGCUGAGAAUGCAGGCGAUUCACCUUGGAUUCGCGGGGUGCUACGGAUGGCCGCGGCGAAUGCCAAGCCCACUGCCAAGGCUCGGCCGCUCACGGUCGGAGAGGUUGCAACACUCGAGGCUUUCGUCAAACGCAGAGUGGGAGCAUUGCAAGACCUCUACGCGGCAGGGUGCUUCUUGUUCUUGAUCUUUUCGAGGGCGAGGUUCGGCGAUUGCAAAAUCAUCAGUGAUGCAGUCUUUGACAUCGUCACGAAGAGUGGCGAGCUUGUCGGGUACAUCGAGGUCAUCUCUUGGUCGCACAAGAUGCGGCGCCAUUUUCCUUCAAUCCCUUUGGUUGCCCCGGUUCAGGGUGCCACCAUAGGAAGUUGGGUCGAGUCGUGGCGGUCCAUCGCCACUGAUGUGGGUCUCCCUCUUGAACGGUUUCAAGGAGGUGCCAAAGGACCAUUGUUGCCACUCCCGAGCCAAGGCGGGUGGCUCGAGUCGAGCAACUUGCUUAUCAUGGAAGAUACGAGGACUCGCUUGGGCAAUCACAAUGAUCGUGGAUCUGCAGAGUGUUACGGGAGAGACACACUUGCCGCACCGUUGAGAGAUCUGGAGGCGUGCAUUUUGGCGAUUCGCACCGGAUCCUUCUUGCCAGACGUUUCUCGAAGUGGUUAUUUCCCUGAUAUGCCUGACAAGUCACCGUCUUGUGAAGGAUCAACCGAGCCGCAGGGUGGCAUUGGCUCCAGUGAUGUUGAAGCGAACAAGAGCUUUGACCUGGCUGAGCUCUCUUUCGGGGCACCGGCCGACCAAAGCGACUUAGACAAUGAUGCCAAUGCCUCUGAGGGCUUCGAGCCUGAUGCCAUUGAGCACCCGGCCCCGAGCCCGAGCUUCCAUGGAAGCAAUCCUGCUCAGGAUGUCGCACUCGACGAGUCGUCAUCCAGUUCGACGAGCUCUUCAUCGACGGACACGGAGGUGGAGUCGGAACCUGGCCCACACCUUGCCGCUCUUGAACGGCCAGUUUGGCGAGACGCUUGCCAGGUUUGGCAGCACAGGCAAAGCAGAACCGUGCAUCUGCUCCCAGAGGCCGAUGCAGAGUCAGGGUCCUUCGUGUGCGGGAGGGUCAAGUCGCAAGCCUACUUCCGAGCCACUGGGCAUCCGAUUGUCGAUUCUCUGAAGUGUGUGCAGUGCGAUCGUGGUAAAACCAUCAGAAGCACGGCACAACUUGUGCAUGUUCUUGACAAGAGGACCCAGAUGUCACCGCUCUUGCAAACAUUUUCGGUGCAGCUGUGCGCUCCCUGUGGUGAGAGCCAGCAAUCCAGCAUGUCCGGUGCCUCACUCUUGGAUUCGAAAGCUGCCUUCAAAAACAAGGUGUUGGAGUAUGGCUUGACCAAUACUGUCUUCGAGGCCAUUGUAAGACGUGGAGUCGACACUCUUAGCAAGGCUGCAUAUGCUGUGGGGGCCCCGGGUGUUGUACCCGCCGAAGAUGCCCUGCGAGCCUUUCUGAAUCCAGAGUCGCCUGCCACUGUUGAGCAGGGUCAGGUUGCAAUUGCUAGGCGCCUAAUCUUCGAAGCACAGACACUUGCAGUAAGCCAGCUGCGUCAGCAGAUCGAGGGGCCGGACGAGAAGCGACAAGACCUUCAGCCCGCCGAAAGGAGGUUCCGUCUAGAAGAGCAAGCACGCCGCCUGGCCGGUAUGUCGCUCCGCGGUCCGUUGGAAUGCUCUUUCAGCUGCUACACACUUGUCAUUCGCAUGCUGGCCACUGAUGAAAUUACUUACCUCGCCCCUAAUCGGUUCACCACUCGGGCUCAUGAGGUUCAGCAAUCCAAACCUCCCAAAGAAGUCAUCAUUGAUGCAUCGUCUGCCAUCAAGGUGCGUGAUUCUGCUGAGCUUGCCGACACGUGUCAUCUCCCUGAUGCACUCAGCUUAAGUCAGGCUUUGACUCGAAGGUCUCUCGCGCUUGACUUGUGUGAAGCCGCAACGUUUGCAGCCUCCGAACGGUGGCACGCCGAGCUUCUGAGACAUUUGCAGCAGGCACCUCCCAUGGAGUACAAGCAGGUGGAUACCAUGCAAAUUUUGAGGGCUGACAGGGCGGCAUGGACGUACAUGGCCGAAAAAGGCACUUCCUUGAAAAAGCGUGCAGAUGGGAGCUUGCCCAUGGAUGAUCUCUUUGCAGCCCUCACCACGGCUACCGAUGUCAUGAUGUUCCUCAUGCCGCUGCCCGCGGGUGGCCAGAGCAAGCGCCCUUCUGCGUCACAGGUCAUGGCGACGCCCAAUGGUAGCACCGACCCACCCAACCCGACCAAGAAGAGCCGCACCAAGGCGCGCCGUGAACGCCAAAAGCAGCGUCUGCAGGAAGCCCUGGCACUCGCGUCUGCACCCCCAUCUCAUGCCUUCCCGCCCAAGCCUCCUGCUCCGCAUGCGCACAAUGCUCUGCCGCCUACGCCGCCCCAGCCCAUUCCGAAAGGCAAGGGCAAGGGCAAGCACAAGCCCUGCAAGAGCGUGUUCGCGGCAGGUGCUGUCCAUGCGUGUGGCGUGGGCAGUGUCUUCGGCAUCGAUGCGUGGACACCCAAGUCAGCUCCAGCGCCCGUGGUCAAAUUGGACCUCGCGCUUGAUGAGGAUGUCAGAGUGCUCUUUUUGCUGCUUUCCAAUCGGGCCUUGGCUGCGGUGCAUUUGGCGCCGCCUGCAGCCCUCCCAGGUCGUGGCAGUCCGCCACUUCGCUCACACGCGUUUCCGGACGGCCUGCCCGACCUUUCCCCACCCAAUCAAGCCAAAGUUGCGCUGUACAAUCGUCUCUUUGCAUUGGCAUCGACCCUUUUCCUUCAGGCUUUCCAGACAGGCAUUGUUGCCACUCUGGAAAACCCAGCCUCCAGCCAUUUCUGGCAAAGCAGUGCUUGGCUGGAUGAGGGCGGUUCUUCUCUCGAUUCCAGUGGCACCCCGUCCUCUCUGGCCGUGGAUGCUUUGUGCAAGGGUGACUUGUCUUCUGAAAUGUGUGUUCAGGUGCUUCAGCAAGCAUUCAACACCCCCUUGGAAGCUAGGCGUGCGGGCAUUCUUCAGGACGGCCGACCUGUGGAAUACUUUGUUUUGGGCGCCUACAAGUGCUUGCCGAGAAAGGGUGUUACCAAACUCACAGGUGAGCACCUUAGCACAGCUGCCUUCAUAAAUGCCUUUAUGCUGCAACGUUUCCCGGAUGCAUCGUGGUCUGCCUUCGUCGUCACUCACAACGAGUCCUCGGCACUGCACGUGGACUCGGCAAAUGUGCCGGGAACCAUGAACUUUGCGAUCGGCCUGGGAGGUUACUCCGGAGGCGAACUCUUUGUGGAAUCAGAAGGCGGGGCCCAUGCCUUUGAGGACCCGUGCACAGGCGAAUGGCUGUGGGGAGACUGUCUAGCUCUCAACUUGGGAGCAAACGCUGUGGUCCUGCGGGUUUCCGUUGCCUUGGACCUCUGCCUUUUCGAAAGAGGCAGCGAAGAGGGCAUCCACGCCACCUCUUUGAUGGUCCUUAGGCGAUGGGUGCUUCGAGCGCAGGAGCUGGCUCCGCAGGAAAGGGCUCUCCAUGAUAGAAUGCCGAAACACCUUAAGGCCGUCCUCAAGGGUAAGCGGCUUUUGGUCUUCGGCGAGAUGCUCGUCGCAUGUGGCUAUGGCGACUCUUCAAUUGCGUCCGAAAUUGGGGAGGGCUUCGACUUGACAGGUCCGAUUCCUGCGUCGGGUGGGCUCUUCAAACCCGUUGUGGAGCCGGCGUCGAUGACCAAGGAGUGUUUGCGCGCCGCUGCCAGCGCAGUCCGUGCAGGCAUUCUUCGCGCCACCGAACGUGUGUGCUCAUCCGAGCUCGCGCAGGAGGUUCACGACAUUACCAAGGAAGAGGUAGACCGCGGGUGGCUCGAAGGGCCCGUGCCACUUGAGCAACUGAGCGAAACUUGUUCCUUGAGCAGACGGUUCGGAGUUGAGCAGCGGUCCGGUGGGAAGCGCAAAGUCAGGCCCAUCGACAACCUGUCGGAAUCCUUUAUCAACUCGACCGUUUCCCGCACCGAGUCGAUUCAACCUCACGGCUUGGAUGUGGAUUCUUUCUUGUGUGUGCCGAACCCGGAGACGGGCAAACCAUCCAUCUACGCCUGCCAUGUGCUGCCCUUCGGAUCAUCUGCUUCAGUCGCGGCAUUUUGCCGCAGCACGAUGGGAUUGUGGCACUUAGGGUGCGCUCUGUUGUUGAUCCACUGGACGGUGUUUUACGACGACUUUAUCGUCCUCAACGAGGCGUCGUCCACGAAACACCUUGACAUGGUUCUCAAUUGCUUUUGGGACUUGCUUGGAUGGACCGUGGCACGGGACAAAGAAUCCGAUUUUGAUUACUUUGCGAGAGCUCUUGGAGUCAAAAUUUGCUUUCAGUCCGAGAGAGUCUUCGUGGUGGAGAACACCCCCGAGCGAAAGGCCGAACUUGACGAGACCAUCACGCGCUUACUCGGUCUCGAGUGGGUGGAGCAACAUGAGCUCACAUCGCUGAGGGGGAGGUUGCAGUUCGUUGAGGGUCAGAUCCAUGGGCGCCGAAGCGGCAGGUUCAUGCAGCUUUUGUCGCGGCGCGCAGAUUUCAUUGGGGGGUCCGCCAUGGAUUCCGACUUGCAGGCAGCCCUCACUUUCCUUAAGGAUAGGGUUGUAGGUGCUCCCCCUAGGGUAAUAUCCGCGAGACGUGAGAACGCUUGGUUCAUCUUCACUGAUGCGGCCUACGGUGAUGGCCAAACGAACAGUUGUGGGUUAGGAGGGGUACUGGUUGCACCUGAUGGGAAGCCCAUUAGAUUCUUCAGUUGCUUGUUUAACGACGAUGCACUUGAGGGCCUCAGGUUUGGCGAUGUUCAGAGCCCCAUCUACUUUCUUGAAGGCUUGGCAGUAGUGGUCGCGUUGCACGUGUGGAACAGCCUUGUGCAAGGCUCUGAGGCCGUUUGCUUCGUCGAUAAUGAAGCAGCCAAGUCUGCGUUCAUUGCUGGCAAAUCUCCUUGCGUGCACUUCUCAGCCCUGUCGGAAUGGUUGAGUGAUUGGGAGGAACGUGCCUCCUCGUUCCCAUGGUUCGAAAGGGUGAGCAGUGCUGCGAACAUUGCUGAUGGCCCCUCGCGUGAUGAUUGUAGUCACUUGGCGGGUGUUCGCCGCGACGAGAUUGAUUUGCAGUCCAUCAUUCUCGCUUUGCAGUGCUUCUUGCCAGAGCUCUCAGUCGGCGGUCUGUGUACGGCCGCCGCCCGUGAGAUCAGCUUGGCAUUGCAAGACAAGGGCAUCAUGCUUGAUGCGCGUGCGUCCUCGGACACGGCCCUGGCAUCUUCCUUUGCGCAGCGGCAGCCUCGCCGCGGUCGGGGCACUGUGGGUCCACCUGAGUACAAACGGACUGUCCUUGUCCGGCUUCCGCUGGACUUUCAGCCGCCGGAACAUGUGCCGGAGCAGCCCGAAGCGCCCCUUCGGGACAUUCCUGCGGGCUCGAAGCUUCUGUGGACUCCCGUCUUUGUGGAUGGGGGUGCUGAGGUGCGCGAGGCCCAAUUCGGGGUAUACCAUACCCCUGAUGAGUUUCUCCAUGCAGCCUUGAAAGUGACCCAUCCAUUUGACAGUGCGGUGUCUAUUGAUGGCCCGAAUCUUCGGGCGAUUGCCUUCGCUCUUGAGCAUGGGGUUAAGGCUGUGCAGCAGAAGCGUAUGGAGGUCCUUGAUCAUUAUCGUGCCUUGGAGCGUUCUCUGAGGGCUGAUGAGGCUGCCCUUAAACAGGCAAUGGACCCCACUGCAAGGGAGAUCAUGGGCUCCAAGAAGUUGCUUUUGUUUAAACAGAUGCUAAAGGAUGCUGGUGUUCCCGACGAGCGCCUCUUCGAAGACAUGGUUCAGGGUUUCCGGUUGACUGGUCCUCUUGAGCCUUCCGGUUUGUUCCCCCUAAGUAUAAGCCUGCCAUCCUCUCCGUGGAUGAAUUGUCGCACUUCGCAGUGGUCCAAACACCUUGUGGAGGCUGCGUGUCGUAAAGCAUCCCAGGACCCGGAGGUUGCUAGAGCUGUUUGGGAGGAGUCGCUGGGGCAGGUCGAGAAAGGCUGGCUGUCGGGGCCCUUCACAUGGGAUCAAAUGGAUCAGAAGUACGGUGGUACUUGGGUGGCAUCCAAGCGCUUUGGGGUAUCCCAGGGUGACAAGGUUCGUGCUGUCGACGAUCUUUCCCAGUUUCAGGUGAAUGCUUCGGUGACUGAGACUGAGAAGAUUCAGCUUGAAGGCCUUGAUGACAUUGUGGCCCUUGCGCGAUUCCACUUAGGAGCCACCGUGGCUGGCACCAAGGUCACCAAGGUGUUUAGACUUCCCUUGUCAGGCGGCGGUGUCUAUCAAGGCCGAUUGCAUCCUGAUUUUCGAGAGGGCCGGGCACGACGCUUGAAUGGCAGAGCUCUUGACUUGCGAAGCGCAUACAAGCAGUUAGCUCGUCACCCAGCCGACGAUUGGGCUUCGGUGCUAGGCGUCCUGGACCCAGACACAAACACUGUGGCCUAUUUUGAGAAUUAUGCUCUCCCGUUCGGUGCAUCGAGCGCGGUGACAGGCUUUAACAGGGCUGCCCGAGCAUUGCGCAUUAUCAUGUCUAGACUUCUGUUCCUUGUGAAUACGUCGUUCUUUGACGAUUUCUGCCAACUUGAAAUCGAGGGUCUGACCGAUUCUGCGGAUCAGGCGGCACUUGAAAUGCUAGACCUUCUUGGCUGGGAAGUGUCUGACGGUGAGAAGCUGAAACCCUUCGCUUCGGAGUUCACCAUGCUUGGUGCCGUGCUAUCCUUCAAAGAUGCUGGCAGGGGUCUGAUUAGGGUUAGGAAUAAGGCCGGGCGCUUGGAGGAGAUUUCUGACAUGGUGGAUCGCCUCGCCUCUGACCCCACCUGUGGGGUGGCUACUCAGUUGAUUCACCAUGCCGAGCGGCAGCAAGGUCCUGACCUGCAGAGCCGCGUUUUGGUAAACCUGUGGUCUGAGCAGCCGCCCGUGGUCAUCUUCACGGACGGGGCAUGUGAGGAAACGGGAAACCAGGUGACGCAUGGGGCGGUCAUCAUUGACCCGGCCUCGCAGACUCGGGAGGUGUUUGGGGGCCACAUCCCCGCGAACCUCGUGGAGAAGUGGCGAAGCUCCGGCAGGACUCAACUCAUCUUCUUUGCAGAACUUUAUCCUGUCUUGAUUGCGAGACGAAGCGACCUACCUGACUCGCCCGACUGGGGCGACAGUGAUGCUGAGCUUGAUGCUGAGCUUGCAGGUGAGCAGGGCUUUGUCUGGCCGGGGGACGACUGUCCCGAGCCUCCCGACCGCGGGGACGGCGAGUCCGACGGUGAGGCUGCAAGCUCCUUGAGCAUGAUGGGCGCAGGGAUUGGCUCUUCGGGCUAUUCGGGGGUUUCGGCUUUGGGCUCUUCGAGGGAUCUUGACUCCGUCGACGUUGAUGCAGACGGCCAGAGUGGUACAUGCACUACGAACAUGGGGCUUGCCUUUGUGCACGCCUUCAGCAGGCUGUCGCAACCCAGCGCCUCGCCUUCUUUGCUGUUGCCUUGGGAGACUCCCUUAAUGAAGACCAUUUUUGAGCCUUUGUCCGAGCCCCUGCCUGAGCUUAAGAAACCCUCUUUAGGCCUUGCCGACUUGUCCCCUCCCGAGUUUGCGAAGUAUCUGCCCGAUGCAAGUAGCAGUGCAAGUGCCGCGAAGCCUGUACAUCCUAGCCUCGACUUCAAGGCAGGCCACGCCGCCGAACAGGCCAUCAGAAUGCUUGACGACGAUGACUUCGAGAAGAAGCAGAUUAAACUUAUGAACGCUCGUAUCGCAAAGUGGCAUGUCAUUGGUUUGAGGUAUUCGGACGUAUUUGAAUUGCCUCGGCCUUCGGACGAGGAGAUCUCGGCAAUGAUGGGCACUCGGUCAGUACGUACUGUGCUUGCCAGGGCAGGGUCCAUGCUCCAGUUCGUCAGGUGGUGUGACACGGUGCGUGGUAGCAGUGAUUCCAUGUUCACUGAUGAAGCUUACUGGGGCUAUCUGCAGUUCCUCAAGACGAGUCGUGCAAGUGCUUCGAGAGGAUCAUCUUUCCUUUGUGCAGUGAGGUUUGCUUGGCAUGUCAUGGAUCUCACAAAAAUCUGCGGCUCGCCGUCACGGCGAUGUGUGGGCCUUGCAGAACAAAUGUCUGCUGAAAGAGGCACGCUGCGCCAGUCGGCGCCUUUGUUAGUGCAACAGGUGCUGCAGCUGCACCACAUGCUGCAUAGUGGCCUUGUCUCCAAGCUCGAUAAGGCUUUUGUUGCAUACAUCUUGAUUUGCUUGUGUGCCCGUUGCAGACAGAGCGACCUGGCAAAAGUGUCCUACGUUGAAGUGGAUAUCUCAGAUUCAGGACUUGAGGGAUACGUCAUCUUUUACACGCGUCAGCACAAAACUGCGCGAGCUGCUCGAAGGUUGUCGCAAAUGCUGCCCAUCCUUAUGCCAGUCUGUGGCAUCGACGAUCAAGAGUGGUUCUUGACAGCGCGGCGUGCCAUGGAGGGUAGGCUGGCCCGGCGGGGAAUCACAUCAGAGGAAGUUUCUGCCUUCUUGAAGUUAGUUGUGCCGAGCCAUGACGGGGUCUCUCGCAUUGCAUCCCAGAGUCUCAAACGCACAAUGCUCGCUUGGUCGAGCAAGGCCGGCUUGUCUAGUGAGUCUAGGGCCAUUCUUGGCAGGCAUGCAAAAUCCGUUGAGAGCUCUGAGGCCAUUUACAGUGUUGAGCUCGGGCUUCCAGCUGUGAAGCAGCUGGAAGGCAUCUUGAGGCAGGUGCGGGACAAAGAAUUUAGGCCGGAUGCGAGCCGUGCUGAUAUGUGGCGGUUCCCACCAUCGCCGCCCGCAACCGUUGCUGGAGCCAAAGUGUCGAAGCCGUUGAUCCCUUCUGUGGAGGUCAAGUCUGAGUCGGAGGCCAGUGAUUCGGAGUCCUCAAGUUCGGAAGAGUCCAGCGGAGGCCAUUCUGAUAGCUCCGAUUCUUCCAGCGGCAGCCCUCCUGCACCCAAGAGGCGUCCUCAGGCCGAGUCUCAAAGACUCAUCCUUUCGGAAAAGGGUGGAGAGUGGGUCGUGCACAAGCGGUCGCACGUGUGGCAUUGGACGUAUGGUGUCAACAUGUUGAUGUGUGGCCGAAAGCGAAGUCACAUGUACGUUCUCUCUGAUAAGGGAGAGCCAUCCGGGCCGGAAGACAGUGAUUUGAGUCACAUGGUGACGGACAGAGCAAGGGCUCAAGACCAAGGGGUGAAGUUCUCUGAAGUGGCCUUCAAGAGUCUCAAAUUUCAGGGGUUCGUGACCCUUGGGCAGCUGGCAUAUAGUGUCGGGCAGCCUGGUCAGAUCAUCCCAGACGAGGCGUUCAAUCAAUUCGUAAAGGACACCAUCCCCCGCGCAUCGGGGGCCGACUCAGCUUGUCUCCGUCGCCUCAUUUUUGAGGCUCAGACUUUAGUGCUUGCUGAUUUGCGACAGCAGAUUAACGACCCUGAUGGAUCAUCAAAGAAGGUUCCGGAGGCUGAGCGCGAACAGCGCUUAGCUUCAUUGCGGAAGCAAUUACCUGGGCUUCUCAUUGAGGGGCCAACGGAGCCAGGGCGGGCCCUCUUAGAUGAGUGUGCGAGCCAAGAAAGUGCGUGCCAGCUUAAGUACAUCAGCCCAGACCGCUGCAUCUCUAGGACCUUUGAAGUCACGAAUCACAAGAAGACUCCGAGGCAGCUUGAGUUAGAUGCCAAUCAUCUUGUGGUAAAGAAUCAGGAGGAUGAGCUCACCAUGCCCUCACACUCCGCGCUUCAGGUGCAGGAGGCCUUCCUUCGGCGAGGCCUUGCAUAUGUCUUUAGCCAGAGUGUGUCCUUUGAUGCAUAUUCGAGGUACCUCUCGAAAUUGUUCUCGCAUAUCCAUCGCGAGCCGCCCCCGAACCAUGCAAGAACCUCUGUGGCGCAGCUUGUCGAAGCCGAUAAGCUGGUCUGGACCACGCUCAUCGAGAGAGGUGUGAAGCCACGAAAGGAUGCCACCGGGGCCUUCCCCUUGGACUCAGAGCUUAUGCAAGCCUUGGAGAGCUAUGAAGUGUCCUUCGGACUUAUGCCGCUACGAAGUGGGUCCAAAUGGGAGCCCCGCAAAAGGUUCAAAGGUGCAGGCAAGGAUGGCAAGGACGACAACAAAGCCCCAGGGAAAGGUGACCAGCUGUGCUUCUCGUACAACCUUCAAGGGGACAAGUGCAAGUGUGCUGUAACUUGUGAUGCCGAAACUUUUGCAGCUCGCCUCUUGAAACAAGCGGGCGCCUUUUAUGCUGGCAUGUACCGCAAAGGCAAUGGCAUCUCGGGCCUUCGCAAAUCCUGUCGGGAAUUCCCCUUGUCUGUCGCUGCCAUCAAUGCGUUCAUGGCCCAUGCUGUGCCUACAGCUUCUUACAAUGCAUUUGCCAUACUUGACAAUGUCGCUUCCCCUGCACACCGUGACCUGCAGAAUGAACCGGUGGCCAGUCAUGUGCUGGCCCUCUCUGCUUUCGCAGGUGGGGGCAUCUGGGUGCAGUGCCCCCGAGGGGCCGUCUGCCGUCGUGUUGCUGGGGUUAACACUCCUGGCAAAGUGCUGAGCCUUGAUAAAGGCCCUGUGCAGCUGGAUGCUGCUUCGAGUUUGCACUCUACUGAACCUUGGCAGGGUGAUCGUGUGAUCCUGUCUUGCUACACCUUGAAAGGCUAUGACCUCUUGACGUCUGACCAGUGCAACAGCCUCCUGCAACUCUCCUUCCCCUUGCCCUUGCAGGUUGGGCAAUGCGCCCGCCCGUCACCUGUGGACUAUGCGGCCUUGCGCGCCGCCACUGGUAUACAGCCCAAAGCCAGCAAGACGGUACCCUUGGUACCGGAACAUCGUGCUGUCAUCGUUGUUCGAGGCCCGGCCCAACUGCUCCAGCCUCCCUGUGUCCUCAGACAACGCCUUGAAGCCGACUGGGCGGUGCCGACAUCAUGCACGUGUGCCUGGCCUUCCAUUCCGAAGUAUUCCCAACUUCUUCGGAGUGACUUGCUUGAUGUUGAGGUUAAGGAGGGAAGUUCUGGGAAGGUGCUUGAACUUGCGUGGAGGAUACCUUUCUCGCCAUCUGAGUUUGUAGACUGCGCAGUGGCUGCAGGCCACCCCUCCCUGCUCGAAGCGAACCUCCCGCAGGAGCUGCAGGAUGCGAUUACGGUUCGACCGAUCCUAGCCGUCCUAGCCCCUAAACGCCUUCUCCUCUUUAAGAGCCUCCUGCAAGAAUAUGGUUACCCGGAUUUAGAUGCCUUCAAUGAGCUCGUCAGUGGAGUCAGCUUGACCGGGGAUGCUCCACACACUGGGAUCUUCAAUGCGGCGGAGCGGCAUGCUUCUAUGACUGAGGCCGAACUCAAAGCAAAGGCGAAGGUCAUCCAGCAGGAGGUGCUUGGAAAGGUCACCAGUCAAGGAAGUGAGAUUGAUGCGAUCGUGAAACAGAAGACGGUGGAGGAAGUGCAAAAGGGUUGGCUUGUAGGCCCCUUUGAGAUUGAGGACCUGCCAGAACAUGCCAUCAUAAGCAAACGUUUUGGCCUGCCACAAGUUUUCGGUAGGUUGGCCAAGGUUUGCCUCAAGCAUCUCACUGAUUUUGCUUACGGCGAUCUGCCUCCAAAUGUCAUGCGACAGGAACCGAUGUUUGUUUUCACCGAUGCUUGCUUUGAGCCCUCGGCAUCGGACUGGAAGUGUGGCAUUGGCGGUGUCUUGUUCAAUCAUCGAGGUUCAACAGACGAUAAUCUUUCCCGCCGAGCUUCUAGCCCUCCUUUGUGGAAUGAGGCUAUGGCUGCCGGCCGCGCCGCUGUCAUCAAGGCCCUGUUGCAGGUGCUUCUCAAGGAUGAAGAAAGUGCGGGCAUUGCUUCGUGGUAUCAGAGG